AUGGAAGCUCAACUCAUCCUUCAGCAUAAACAGCUUCAAGAUGGAGAUCAUAGAGGUCAACUUCAUGAUAGGAGGAAUUUGAACUCGUCUUCCCCAACUCUAGUCAAGAACGAAUCAUCAGUUGACAAGGAUCAGGAAGAUGAUAAUGAUGAACUUGAAUCUGCCAAGAUGGAAAUGGGGCAUGUAAGAGAAGAAAAUGCGCGGUUGAAGAUGUUAUUAGAUCGAAUUCAAAAGGAUUACCAAUCACUUCAAAUGCAAUUCACCACCACCUUUCAACACCAUAAUUUUACUAGAAUUAAUUUACAAGAUAAACCGCCUGAAGAAGAUGAAGAAGUUGAAGAACCUGACCUUGUUUCGUUAAGACUUGGAAUGAGAACCCCGGCCGAGCCAAAAAGAGACCAGGAAAACUCUAGCAGCCCUAGAAAGUCGACGAGCAACAACGAUAAACAGAUGAAGGACAGCUUGAAGCUUGGAUUAGAUUAUGAUAUGGAUAAUUGGUCUAAAUCCAGCACUGCUGAUACCAUUACUUUGGAGAAAAGUUCGGAUGAUAGUUUAGUCGAGAUGGAAAAGGAUGAACAUCAAGCGGGAGAAACUUGGCCGCCAAGUAAAACAUUGAAGACAAUGAGAAAUGGAGAUCAAGGUGAUGAACUUUCACACCAAUCCAGUGUCAAGAGAGCUAGGGUUUCGGUUAGGGCUAGAUGUGACACCCCCACCAUGAACGAUGGAUGUCAAUGGAGGAAAUACGGACAGAAGAUAGCGAAAGGAAAUCCUUGUCCAAGAGCAUACUAUCGUUGCACGGUUGCACCAUCAUGCCCGGUUAGAAAACAGGUCCAAAGGUGUGCCGAUGACAUGUCGAUUUUGAUAACAACAUACGAAGGUGCCCAUAACCAUCCUUUGGCAUUCUCCGCCACGGCCAUGGCUUCCACUACUUCUGCCGCCGCCUCCAUGCUUCUCUCCGGCUCAUCUAGUUCUGCCCCCGGAGCAUCAAUUAACCUCCGGGGACUUAACUUCAACCUCUCAAACAUAACUUCACCGUCAAGACCUCUAUACAUGCCUAGCACUUCCCAAUCACUUUAUCCAACCAUCACUUUAGACCUAACCACCACCGGUGGCAGUACUAGUAAUUCUACUCCAUCUUCCAUUCAUCUUCCACCUCGGUUUCCUUCCACCACCUUAAGCUUUUCUUCAUCAGAAUCAAACAAUAGUUUCCCAUCUCUAUGGGGAAACGGAUACCCGAAUUAUGGGGCUGCACCUACAUCAUACAAUAAGGCUCCGUUUGGAUCAAUGAAUUUACUUGGGAAACCAAUUUUUGGGCAAGAAAAUAAUAGCUUUUACAACCAAACAUUAAUGGCGGCUAACAAUUCUCAGCAGAGUCUUACGGAUACGUUGACAAAGGCUAUUACCUCGGACCCUAGUUUCAGGUCGGUGGUGGCAGCUGCAUUGUCGAAUAUGGUUGAUAAUGGAUCGGGUACGAGCCAGGGGAACAAUAGUAGUAUCGGGUCGGGUACUGAUAUGAACGGGCUGGAUAGGAAAGCAGGCCAUCCUACGGCGGUUAACCCUCUGCCGUAUUCUGUCUCUAAAGGUGGUCCGGUAUUGCCCUCAGAGGCUGACCGAAGAGAUCAGAUGAAAUAG